UCUUAAACAAAUUUGAACAUUCUUUUGGAAAUCUUUCUUAUUAUUUGUAUUGGCAAAUCUAGUUGUAAGUAAUGUAGUGGUUUAGUUUCAAUAAAAAAUUGCACCAUUAGAUCUGAAGCUAUUUGCUUAUAAAUAAAACAAUGUUCAGAGCCAAGGAUCACUGUAGUUAGGAUGAAAAUUAGGCAGUUUGUUCAUGUUUUCACGAUGUCUUUUGUUUUGUCAGGAAAACCCCCAUCUAGCCUCUGUCUUAUUUGUGGACGAAUUGUUUGGCAUUCUUCCAAUUGUGUCCAUGGCAUAUUUAUUGUUUAGUAAUGUUGCCUAGCAACAACGGUGCCCACUUUGACUAAAAUAAUCAUGUUUGUUCUGAGGACUUACUUAAAAUCAUGUAACCCUUUCAUUCCCAAGAUCUCAUUAGUAAUUCUCCUUACUGUCUACCAUACAAUUCCUAUGAUGUUGGUUUGGAGAAUUUGAUAUUGGAUGAACUACAAAUACCCUAACUGAGAUGUUAUUGUAAGGAGAAAUUCUAUCUUGGUCACUCAUGGGAGUGAAAGGGUUCAUCAUUUAAUUGGGUUGAAAUUGAGUAAAAGUGUUAUUAAAAACUAAAUUGAGAAACAGAUAAGUGGGUGUUAUGUUUGUGAUUAAUGUGAUAUUAUUGCAAAGAUCACUUCCUAAUUAAAUGCUUGUUUUUUGUCACUGUAUUUACCAGUUUGAUUGUAAGCAGUGGCUAUCAUUUAGGCACAUGCCACCGACCACAGCAGGUACUUGUUUCAAUUUUUUCACUGGAAUGAUCUUUAAACUUAAACUGUUUUUUUAGUUACUUAGGUGAUGGAAAGUUCCAUCGAGAGGCUGUCAUGAUUGCUAACUCAUCUACACCAUCAUAUAGGUACACAUAGAGAACUUCAAAAGGCAGAUUUCUUUACGUGUAACAAAUAGCCUUGCCUUGCCUAACAUGUAGCUUCAUAUUAUUUAAAUUGGUUGCAGUGCUCAACAGCUAGAGAGGCAGUACAGAUUGAGCCAUCAUUGAAACCUGAUUUUUUCAGACCUCUUUCGUGUAAUUCCGUGAAUAAAAAUUCAUCACUUUUUCGAUUACAAAAUUGUUUGCUUCUAGUAAAGGCAUACUGUCCGUGUGGACAGAGUGCAAUUCCCGUCUGUUCCAAUGUUUUCCCUAUGCCCUCACUAAAACAGACCCCUACCGCCUUGUACGCUUUGGAUUGUUAGAUAUUGUAUACCUUUCUGGGCCUUUGAGACAAACAACUUUGAACUAAAAUUCUACUGCACUUUCGCUUUCAUCGCAGAUACGAUCCCUAUAGCAAAGUGUUUUACAGGGAAUAUUACGAUAUUGAUGCCACGUUUCAAGCGAGGAAAGACGCCAUAACUACAGCGUCAAGAGCUAAGAAAUUUGGAUUCAUUCUAAGUACUUUGGGAAGGCAAGGAAGUCUAAAGGUGCUAGAGGUAUUGCAUACAGUUAAAAUGUGAAAAUUUUAUGAGUAAAUAUACUUUUUGAACGGAGUUCUACUUUGUGCGAGUCAAAAUUAAACCUUCAGUUGUGUGUUGAAAGUAAUCGGCAAUCAGUUCGCCAUGUCAUGGGUUGACUGACGUGAACAAUCCAAGUUACCCUCUCAACCAAUCAGGUGCAAGGCAAAUACCAGUCGUGACUCGGUCAAUAAUGUUGCUCUCACUGUACCUUUUAAUUUUAGUUCCCAUCGGGUUUUGAUAAUAUUUUCCAACGUAGUGAUUGGACAUUUGCUGGUGACUAAUAUGGUUUGGGUAUUACGGCACACUAUCGAAAUGCACUCUAAGACAUGACUCAAACUCUCUCUAGACAAAAUCAAGUCAUUCUCGCAUCUAAAUUAUAAUUUUCUCUGAUGCAAUUAACUUUGGGGGAGGCUGCACAUUUAAAUUUAAAUUCUCCAGUUUUCUUACGAUGUAAUGUGUCGAAUAUUUUCGUCUAUGCAGAGGAAUCUCUAUUUUUUGGGCAUCCUUAUUUAAACGUUUUCUCUAUUUGAGGGACAUAAACUUUGAUUAAAACCCUUGUAUUCGAUGCCGUCAUUGAGGGGACACCUCUAGUUCAGGGAUAUUUUUCUCGUGACGAUUAUUAUUCAUGUUAUCAUCUUUUCCAAAGAGCUCAUAAAGCAGAUUUCAUUAAUCUUUUAAUUUUAUCUGCAGAAUUUUGAACAACGAUUCAGUAAGGCGGGCCUGGAAUAUGUAAUUGUACUCCUGUCUGAAAUAUUCCGAGGUAAACUUGGAUUGUGCGAGGACGUGGAAACGUAAGUUGCUUUCUUGUUAAGAUGUGAAAACUGCUUUCCGUCGAUAAGACAAGAUAAGAUAAGAACCGUCUUCACGUAAAUUCUGUUUUGUCAAGUGUCCUUAACAAAAAAUCUCAUAUUAAUAAGUCUUUUUCAAAUGUACCGCCCCAAAAAAAAAAAAAAAAAAAAAAGAGAUAGGCUCCAUUUGAUUACGAAUAUUGGAAAAAACUACCAACCACGAAUGAAAUCUAUUGAAAGAUAGUGCUUCUUCAAUUCCUGAAAUUCAAAAGUUUGGUUGAGGAAUGAGCCAUCUUCCUUCCUUCUUCCGUCGAUGACGUUAUAAAAUGUCACCGUAUGGGAAACUUUUCCAGCAUGCUACUAAAACUCGUUAAAUUGUCGAUUUCAUACUGUGGUCCGUCUUGCCUAUGAGUGUGACUCCAACCCAUCUGCGCAAGCUUCGUACGAGUCCUGGAAAACCUGGAAAGUCCUGGAAUUUUAUUUUGACUUUUUCCAGGAUGGAAAGUCGUGGAACAAAGACUACAGGUUCUGGAAAGUCCCGGAAAUCUGUCAAAAUCAAGAAUAAAGUUUUCAGAAUUUAAGUUAUAAGAAUUCUAUGUCGACUGUAAGGAGAAUUGAUGAAUUGAUGUUGAAAUCUUGGUUAUGAAAGGGUAGGAGAGGAAAUUUGGAGACCUGAAGAAAUCAGCCUGAGUCCUGGAAAAGUCUAGAAAUAGUCCUUGAAAUUUGUUCCUAAAAAAGGGUUCGAACCCCGUCUGCAACUAAAACGUAGCUUAGCUUCCAAGGUUUACUGAUAUUUCUUUGUCACUUUGUAGAUGGGUGCAAGUGGCUUGUCCACGAUUGUCCAUUGACUGUGGCUAAGCUUUUCCUAAACCUCUACUGUCGCCUUAUGAGGUAAAAUAAUUGAAUUUCAUUACUAUCAAAUCCAGUUGAGCAUGUUAACAAAUAUCUUGAAAGGUAAGGUCCAUGUCAUCUGCGGGAGACAAAUGUUUAGAUGCAUAACACAAAUGUUCAGAUGCAUAACACAAACCGGGAACUUGACGGUUCUCGUUUUUAUACAGAAACCGAAUCAAAUAGUUUCAAUUUCGAGACUAACAACAAAAUGCAAGUAAGCGCGGGUAGAGACAUUUUCCACCGGGUGUCGAAAAGUGAUCUGGAAUAGCUUUGUCUUUACUUUCUUUCACCCUGUGAUUGGUCCUAAAAACUCGCGCCACCAUCUCAACCAAUCAGAUACAAAACUAAAACCAAUCACGACUUGGUAACUCGCGUUUUCCCGCGCUUCAGGCACGUUGCCUGUUUUUACUUUGAGUUCUCAUUGAUUAAUGAUGAUGUUAACCUUUGUUCAGAUUGGUAGUUGUGAUUAUUUUGGUUUUGAGUUUUGGACACUCACUGAAAAAAGUGUAGAUUCGUUUUAGUUUUUUUCCGAUUGGAUGAGAGAGUGACGUAAGUAUUUAGACCCAUCAUAGCACGAAAAACAGCAAAAGCAGUGGUAUAGUGGUUUGCUUUUUUCAGUCAGUUGAAAAAUGUUCUUAUUGGAAUUUUUUUCGUUUAAUUUACAGGCGUCAGUUGUGCUUGAACAAAUCGAAUGGCAAGAAAAUUACCCAAUGGAUUUUUACGCAAACGCUAGUUUGGGACCCUGGACUGUGAAUAAUGAGCGGAAAAGACAAAUACCGGUUAGCAGAAGAAAAAAGAACUUACACACAGAAAAGCUAUCUGCGGAAAAUGCUCCAUCAAACCUAAAAGACAAAGAAGGAUGUGAUGGACAAACUAAGGAGUGUUGUGGGAAAUGCCAUCAAGAGAAGCUACUUAAGUUACAAGAUGAUCUGAACAAAUGUCUACAGUAAUACAAAGAGUGCUUCGAGCGAAAACAGUCGCCUUGGAACAAAAGAAAUACAGGAAACAGAAGGCUCCUACCUUUUCUUUCACUUGACUGGAACAGAGAGGUUUGCGAUCGAUCAUCGUGAAACCAAACUCACGUCGGCCAAUCUAAAAUAGAAAAUAUCACGAGAAGUAAACGAGCAGUAAAAAUGGGUUCAGCGCGGGAAAACAAGAAUGUUUAAACUGUGAUUAGUUAAAACAAUCACCAAGCGAAUUGAAGCACAACCAGGAACGCCAAGUAAAUGUCAACAGCCUACUUAACAUUAAUGUGACUGAGUUCACAAGCAGGCGAAUCGCAAAUAAAAUCAAUCAAACUGAUAUCUUACGAACGUAAUGUUAGGAGAACAGCAAACUCAGCCAAAUCAAGAAUUUGAAAAAGUUUAGGUUC